CUUCGCUUAUCAAAGUUCAAAGGUAAAAAAAAGUUUGUAAACAAGAAAAAAAUUGUAAAGCCGGAUUUUCUUAGAUUUUUCAUUUUAUUCGUGUAUUUUUCGCUAUUUUUGAUUAAUUUUUAUGACAUGUACUUACAUUGAAAAAUAUAUCGAAUACAUACACCGCGAGUUCUUGGAAUGUUAACCGAAUGAUGGCCCCAUAAUUUUGAAUUCACCUUUCUUUUCUACCUCUGCCUUUUGCUCUUUUGAAAUUGAAAACACCAGUUCAGGAGGUCCGCAGCAUAGGACCGUACCAGGUACACCAUCACAAUAAACUAGUUUAAUUCCUUGUUCAGCUGCACUAGAACUGUUCCUGAUACCCCAACAAGUAUAUGGAGAAACACACAUACACCCAUUAAUCAGCCACAGCCUUGGUCGUGGUGCACCUCUAGUCGAAGGUGGAAGUUCAGUUGAAUUUGAAGAACGUUACUCUUCUUCUGACCGAAGUUCUCACACUAAACGUAGUUCUUCCCAAGAUACAUAUUCGAAAUGGAAUCGAACAAGGAAUGGAUACUUAACCAAACGGUUAGUACGACAAUGGAUAGCUUAUCAACGGCGCUGAAAAGUAAUAUUGUUCCAAAUAAAGAAUACCUGUUGCAAGGCAGUGUUUUGGAUGGAUCUGUAGAAACAUUACUGCACAGAUUACGUGGAUUAUGUGAUAAUGUCGAUACUGGACCGGAAUCGUUUUACGAUAUGGAGAUGUGUUUCAGUUUAAGAGGGAACAGUAAUCCGAUGUUUUUACGUGUAAGACGUGCCAUGGAGUAUCCCAUGUCUCAAGAAAUGCCUUACCAGCUGCGAUACAUCGGAGAACCAGAAUUAGGCACCGGUGAUAAAAGUAGACCAACGAUAGUUCGAAGUAGUAUAGAUGUUGCUGUAACUCCAUCCAUUUUGGAAUAUCUUACGGAGCUCGGCGCUAGAUUAGAAUUCGAGUACGCUGCUCGAGGAUAUAUGUUUCGUAAAGGUAGAAUGAAGAUAACGGUUUCCAAAAUAUUCAAGAUAUCCAAUCAAGGACAAAAUAAACCCCACGAAGAACCGAUUACCCCAUCGUACCUAGUUGAAAUGAGCGUUUUAGCUCCCAGUGGCCAGGAUGCGAUUGGAGAAGAUAUGAAAGCUUUUGCUGAACAACUCAAGCCUUUAGUGCUUUUGGAUAAAAUCGAUUACAAACGAUUGCCUCAGUCGGUUAUGUCUUGAAAUGAUUUGUUUUUCGAGUCUCCAAUUUUGGCGAGUAAAAUAUUAAUUUGAUUUGAUUUCUUAUGUAGUCUACAGUCCUACUGGCAAAACGUGUUCUGUUGGUUGGCAUUUUUUCGAUUUGAAAAAAUCAGUUUGGCUUCUCAUAAAUGAAAGUCUGAAAUGCACGAAAAAUGUGUUUUGGGUUCUCGUAGUUGUAAACUUGCAACAACGUAGCAGAAUGAAUCAAAAUUUCGUGAAACAUUUAAAUAUUUGGAUGAAAAUGGGUUUUUGGACGUUUUUUAAAAAGAAUUUUGAUCCCAGUUUUGGGCCAUGAUCUUAGUGAUUUUUGAAAAGUGCCAUGUGACUUAUAAAAAUGGAUCAACAUUUUGCGAAGAAUCCAAAUAUUUCAACAUUGAUGUUUUUUGAGCAUUUUUAAGAAAUUUUGUUAAUCGCGAGUUUUUGAGAUUUUUGAAAAAAAUUCCAUGCAACAGGCCAAAACCAAAACAGAAAUUGGAUCACGAUUUUUGGAAUUUGUAUUGAAAAAAUGUCAUGUCUCGUAUCAAAAUGUGUUGAAACUUUGCUAAAAAUUCAAAUAUUUCGACGAAAGUGUUUUCUGAAAAUUUUUGAAAAAUUUUGAGGACAAACUUUGAUUAGGUACGAUUCUUUGAAUUUGUUGAGUUACAAAAAUUCUUAUCAAAUUCGAUUUCGUUUUAGAGCACUUUUGCCAGUGUGACUGAACUUCCAGUUGUUGGCUGUAUGUAUGUCUAUGUAUCAUAGAUAAUUCUAUUUUUAUGUAUUUAUCAAAAAAAUGGUUUUGUAAAUUUUCUUA